AUGCGUGGGUACGACAUUAGUUAUCUUACUACAGACUUGUUGCGUGAUAUAACGUACGAUCUGGAGAUAGGUAACACUAUCGCUCAGCGUCAUAAUGCUACCUUUCACCAGGUAUUGGAGUUUAAUCCCAAAACAUGUGUUGACUAUGAGCAUAUACCUAUGUACUCAGGAGUGUCCCAAUACAUUCCACUGCCGGAAACGAGUGAGAUGUGCUUUUUGGUACCAAAGAGCGCUCCAAAGUCGGUGUUUUUAGUGUUACUCGAUCCUUACGAUCGCUACAGUUGGAUCGCGUUCGGACUGACUGUCGUUGCGAUAUCGCUGAUGUUGUAUUGGUUCAGUGAAUCUUCACGACAAACCAAUAUCAUAUUUAUUGUAUUGGAGAUGUUGAUGAUUGUACUGAACGGACCUACGCAUCAGUUAGUUGAACGAUUUGAACGAUUUGUUGUAGGACUGUUCAUGUUACUUAGCAUAGUAGUGAUUUCCGGUUAUCAGUCACUGGUAAUUUCGUUCAUAUCCUCACCGCGCUAUGAUCCACAGUUGGACACAUUCGAUGCUAUUAACGAUACCUGUCUGUUUAUGCAUGACAUAGGUUUAAUUAAUUUGGGAUACCAUUUCAAAAACACUCACGAUACGUAUGAGAUCUUUGAAUCAACAGACACCAUGUGGAAGGUGAAGUGGUGUGUGUUGGUUACCUGCACCGAAGCAAAUUAUGUCAUGGCGCAUGUUGGUAACGUUGACAAGCCCGGUAAAGUUGAACCGGGAUCGCUUGCGCUAUACAACGAUGAGGAAUGGAAACGGAUGAAACAUCAGUUGAAAUAUUUCCGCUAUUCAAAGGCCCGUGUUCAAUCAACAACAGCUAUGUACCGUGUAAACUAUAAUUCUCCUGUGCGCCAUCGUUUGACCUUUUAUACACAGGCGUAUAUCGAGGGACGGUUACAAUACUUUCCAGUGUUGAGAAAAAGUAAACCUAAGCCAAAUGAAAUAUUAGAAGACACUUUAGAGGUGGUUGCUGUACAACAGAUGGGGUUGAAGGAUUUGUUGAUAGUAUGGUUGCUAUAUUGCGUUGGAAUAAUGCUGAGUGUGGUUUGUUUUAUUGGAGAGCAUGUAGCGCUUUGUAUGAGAAAAAUUAAAAGCGUUGCUUGCAAAACGAUCGCCAAAAUAAAAUAA